GUUUCAAUCCCACUCUCUUUACUCCGUCCCUUCUUCUGUUCUGUUCUCUUCUGUUCUCUACUUAAACAAACCGCGUCCCCUCCCCCUUCGAUCUCUCGCCCUCCAGAUUCCGGCGCCAUGCCCGACGGCCUACUCGUCCGGCGCUUCGAUUCCUGAGAUCUAAUCGAGCCCCCGUGUUUUCCUCGCCGAUUGGUUGUGCGCUGUUGAGAAAUUCCGUCGGAAGUCUAAUAUUCCCGUCCUGUCGCCGGAAUAUUGAAUCUUCGCCGGAGAGUCUCUUGCUUCAACUUCGGCUUUGAUUGCUUCGGCAGGUUCGCCUUGCCGAAAAUUUCAAGGAUUAAGCUCUGUUCGUCAUCAUUUAUUGGUUUUCAUGCCACAAUAUGGUCAUAUUGGUUUGAUUUGUUAUGUUGAUGGAUAGAAUUAAUAGAUGGAAAAUGAUGGCGCACAAGGAUCGCAAUCUGUUGUCAGGUUAUUGGGAGCCUGUUCGAUAUUAGGAGUGGUCUGAUAUAGCCAUUUGCAACUUAUGAUCAUUCUUCUCCGGAAAAUUUGUGUGAAUUUUUUCUUUGGGUUAUAAUCCGAAGAUUUGUCAAAAAUGAUUUCAGAAACUGGUAGGUCAAAAAAAUUGUUACGUGAUUCCUCCUUGACAUACAGAUAUUACUUGGAUAAUUUGUCAGAGAGAGAAAGGUUGGAGGGAGGAUUUUAUGAUGAUCGCUAUAAAUUUGGAUCAAAUGAUUCUCUCCUCCCUGGUCUCUGUGAUGAUGUUGCAUUGAAUUGCCUUGCUCGGGCUUGUAGGUCAGAUUAUGCGUCUUUAUCUUGUCUCAAUACAAGGUUUAAUUCACUAAUCAAAAGUGGGCUUCUCUACGACUUGCGGAGGAAGAUGAGAAUUGUGGAAAAUUGGGUGUACUUGGUUUGCGACCCUAGAGGGUGGGAGGCUUUUGACCCCAUGAGAAAGAGGUGGAUGAGAUUGCCUAAGAUCCCUUGUGAUGAGUGCUUCAACCAUGCAGACAAGGAAUCCUUGGCUGUUGGAAGUGAAUUGCUGGUCUUCGGCCGGGAAUUUUUGGAUUUCGCUAUUUGGAAGUAUAGUUUGAUUCAUCGCAGUUGGAUCAAGUGUGAUGAAAUGAAUUUCCCUCGAUGUUUGUUUGCAUCAGGUAGCUUUGGUUCCAUUGCUAUUGUUGCAGGAGGGAGUGAUAAGAAUGGAAAUGUGUUGAAAUCGGCAGAGCUGUAUGUUUCUACCUCGGGCAAAUGGGAAUUGUUGCCCAACAUGCACUCCCCACGCAGAUUGUGCUCUGGAUUUUUUAUGGAUGAAAAAUUCUAUGUGAUAGGUGGGAUGUCAAGUCCCACUGUUUCAUUGAAUUGUGGGGAGGAGUUGGAUCUUAAGACCAGGCAAUGGAGGAGAAUUGAGGGCAUGUAUCCUAUUGUCAAUAAGGCUGCGCAGGCACCUCCUCUUGUCGCAGUUGUUGAUAACCAGCUAUAUGCAGUUGAGCAUUUAACCAACAUGGUGAUGAAGUACAACAAAGAAAAUAACUCCUGGGCGGUCUUGGGAAGGCUACCGGUCAGGGCUGAUUCUUCAAAUGGGUGGGGUCUGGCUUUUAAGGCUUGUGGAGACGAACUUCUGGUUGUGGGAGGGCAAAGGGCUCCAGAAGGCGAAGCUAUAGUGUUGAACUCUUGGCAUCCGAAGUCUGGUGUCAAGGAUGGCACAUUGGACUGGAAGGUGCUCGGUCUGAAAGAGCAUGUAGGAGUGUUUGUCUAUAAUUGUGCUGUCAUGCGUUGUUGAGGAUUUCAUUUUUCAGAUUGACACAAUAUAAGAACAGGUACUCGCAAUCUGUCCUGCUGUUUUAGGUUGCUUCCCUGCACAUUUGUCUAAUUGACUUUGAAUUAAUCAUUGUUGAGAUAUCUUCUCUAUCAAUCUGCUUUCUUUCCUUUCUUCUCUGGAUAUCCUUGUAUUUUUCUUCUUUUUCAUCAUUCUGCAGUCUCUUUGCUCUUGAGAGUACUAAGUAGGGGACUCCUGGCCUUUCUUUCCCCUCUUCUUUUUAGAUUAAUUUUUAUAACUUCUUUUAUGAUCCACAAGAAACUUUUUCCAUACUAAUAAAUUGACAAAAGUUGUUUAAUGA